AUGAAACUGACCAUCAUAUCACAUUAUCGCCCUCUGCUGAUGGUCACCUUUACGCAGUGUCGUGGUCUAACAUCUCAUUUUACGCUUAAAGGGGCGCGUCGCGUCGUACGCCCAACAAGGGGAGUUUUACAAAACAACCUGCGAAAAGGUAAGACCCAGACCCGCUCGUGGUGUUCUGAUGGGCCAGUUGCUGAUCGGGUUGAAGUACGGCUGAAUCGGCUCGAUGGUGAAGACAACGGUAUAGUGGAAGUGCUGAUGUGUCGUGAAAGGGCGAGGAACUCUCUGGGACGUGGGUUUGUGGGUCAGAUGAGAGAGCUGGUGUCAUCGUUGCAUCAUGAUGCAGCAGUUCGUGUGGUGGUCUUCAGGAGUUUGAUACCCUGCAGGUAUUAUUUUUGUGUGUUAACAGGGGCAGAUCUUAAGGAGAGAGCUCAGAUGAGUAACCCUGAGGCAGAGCUGUUUGUACAUGGCCUCCGAUCACUAAUGAAUGACAUCGCUGCGCUGCCCAUGCCAACCAUCGCAGCAGUGGACGGCUUUGCUCUCGGGGGCGGUUUGGAAUUGGCACUAGCGUGUGACCUUCGCACAGCAGCACAUUCUGCGCAGAUGGGCCUGAUUGAAACCACGCGAGGAUUACUCCCAGGGGCUGGUGAGAAAAAUGCUCUGAUUGCCGUGCGAAUGGCUAAAGUAGCCAUGAAUCGAGGCUCUGAGGUGGACAUCUCUUCAGGAAUGGCUAUUGAGGGAAUGUGUUACGCCAGGCUCAUUCCUACACGGGACAGACAAGAGGGCAUGGCUGCGUUUAUAGAAAAGAGGUCUCCAAGGUACAUUGGAGAGUGAAAGUCUAUAUCUGCAAAACACGUUUCAAAUCCACAUGGUACUAGUACAAACAUUCUGAACAUGCUGUACUUGCGUUACUACAUUGUACCAAGUGUUGGGUUUCAAUUUCCUUUGAAAUCUGAGCUUUGCAAUGCGUAAAAAUAACUGCC